GGCUGGGGAGAUGCCAAGUUUCCUCGGCACACGCACUAAAUCAGGUACCGAUUCAACAAGCUUCGGUGGAAUUCUGGUGCUAGCGAUCGAUUGGAUGUGUACCUGGCUACACUACCCCGCCAACAAACCGCUUCUUCUGCUAUGUAUGAAUACAUAGGCUUUCUACUUUUUGUGUUCUCCAACAUCCAUCCAGUCUCUUUACAACCAUGGGACCGAUCGCGCCGAGAAGCCGGGACUGUAGACCUCGGUGAUCGGGCGGUCAAUGCCGAGCCAGCCCCCCGCCGCCGCCGCCGCCGCCGAAUCCAUUUUCCUCCUUCCAAUCGGCUGUUGUUCGACAGGGGAAGCUGUUGCACUUGCGACUUGCGAGGCUGGGAAACUAGGUACCUAUGCACCCCAGGUUUUGAGGCUCAAUCACAGGAACAGGAACACAGAGGGCAGGGGGGGGGUUUACAAAUGCGUGCCACUCCACGAGUCCCGGGGGGGUUAUGCGAACCUAGCUGUCAUCAAGUGAGGUCAGGUGAAGAUGUUCCCAAAAAGGGCGGUGUGACCAACCUCCGUUUCGUGAACCAUGGCCACCAGCGAGAGCCCGCCAGCAAGACACAGCAUCUCGCUGAUCCUUGGUCUGUUGCACACGAACGAACAGCGGGUGUGCAAUUAAACUAUAUCUAGAAUAUUUGGGGUCUAGAUCUUCAUGUCAAAGUCAACAAACAACUCUGCG